UAUUGUUUACUGCGUGGUACUUGGUGGCAGCUAGCUUAAUGUACCCCUCCCGUCUCCUGUGUCGACAGCACUGAUCCUCCUCCAGCCUCUUUGAACUGCUUUCACCGCCACACAGACGACAUUUCUGGGGUUCGGUCCGUAGCCCUCCGUCCUCACGGCCCUCACGUCCCUCUGUGUGUCCCGGAGGAUAUUUCUUUUCUGCCGGAGCGUCUGGAACCGAAACCGCACACAGACGGAGCUGUGUUUUAGGUGACUUCAAGUGGGCGGAUAAAGCGGAGGACGGGCAUCCGGGCCUGGCUGCUCCGGAGACUCGGCUCGAAACGACGGAAUUCACCAUUUUCAGGCUGUGCACUGCCCUGCUAUGGAGAAGAUGAAGAGGAUUAAGAAGCGUCUGUCGUUAACACUCCGCUCCAGUCAGACCAUCGACGAGUCUCUGUCUGAACUGGCCGAGCAGAUGACCAUCGAGGAUGGUGGCACCAAGGACAAUGAACCCUUCAUGAGGAACGGCCGCCCACCCACCUCCCAUAGCAUGCACUCCUUCCUGCACCAGUACACAGGCUCCUUCAAGAAGCCCCCCCUACGCCGGCCGCACAGCGUCAUCGGUGGCACCCUGGGGUCCUUCAUGGCAAUGCCACGCAACGGCAGUCGCCUGGAUAUUGUGCAUGAGAACCUGAAGAUGGGCUCAGAUGGGGAGAGCGACCAGGCGUCGGGAACGUCUUCUGAUGAGGUGCAAUCUCCUACCGGCGUCUGUCUGAGGAACCGCAUCCAUCGACGGAUCUCCAUGGAGGACCUCAACAAGCGCUUGUCGCUGCCUGCUGACAUCCGAAUUCCUGAUGGUUACCUGGAAAAGCUGCAGCUCAGCAGCCCACCCUUCGACCAGCCGCUCAGCCGACGCUCCCGCCGAGCCUCGCUGUCGGAGAUUGGUUUUGGCAAGUUGGAGACGUAUAUUAAGCUGGACAAACUGGGAGAGGGAACCUACGCCACAGUAUUUAAAGGACGCAGUAAGCUGACAGAUAACCUGGUGGCGCUGAAGGAGAUCCGACUGGAGCACGAGGAGGGAGCACCAUGCACUGCCAUCAGAGAAGUGUCGUUACUGAAAGACCUCAAACACGCCAACAUCGUGACGCUACACGACAUCGUCCACACUGACAAGAGCCUCACGCUCGUCUUCGAGUACCUGGAUAAGGAUCUGAAGCAGUACAUGGAUGACUGUGGAAACAUAAUGAGCAUGCACAAUGUGAAGAUCUUCCUGUUCCAGAUUUUGCGAGGGCUGUCGUAUUGUCAUAAGAGGAAAGUUCUCCACAGGGACCUGAAGCCCCAGAACCUCCUAAUCAACGAGAGAGGAGAACUCAAACUGGCUGAUUUCGGCCUGGCGAGAGCCAAGUCUGUCCCGACUAAAACCUACUCCAACGAGGUGGUGACUCUUUGGUACCGGCCUCCUGAUGUCCUACUGGGAUCUUCUGAGUAUUCAACACAGAUCGAUAUGUGGGGUGUUGGUUGCAUAUUCUAUGAAAUGGCUGCAGGUCGGCCACUGUUCCCCGGCUCCACCGUGGAGGAUGAGCUCCACCUCAUCUUCAGGUUACUGGGCACGCCCACAGAGGAGAACUGGCCAGGAAUCUGCUCCAUCGAAGAGUUUAAAUCCUACAACUUCCCCAAAUACAAACCGCAGCCGUUAAUCAACCACGCUCCCAGGCUGGACGGUGAAGGCAUUGAGCUGCUGCUGUCUUUCCUCAAAUACGAAUCCAAGAAGAGGAUUUCAGCUGAAGAGGCAAUGAAACAUUCCUACUUCAGGCAGCUCGGGAUGAGACUUCGCACACUGCCUGAGAGUGUAUCAAUAUUCACAUUAAAAGAAGUGCAGCUGCAGAGAGACCCUGGCUACAGGAACUCCUCGUAUCCAGAGUCAGGUAACGGCAAGAUCAACAGGAGGCAAAGCAUGCUCUUCUAAUGUCUGAUUAAGAGGAUGGUCGACUGCCCACCUUUUUCAUCCCUUCCCACCAACCUCUCGCAUGAGCCCACCUCCCCUCGGAGUGACCCCCCCCUCCCCUUACCUGCACA